CGGAAAUAAAAGUUAGUUAUAUAUGUCUACCUUGAUAAAGACAGUCUCGUUAUUAUCAUUAUUAAAUAGUAACGUCUACAGUAAUUUAUUAUUAAUCUGUGACUACAGAACAAAAUAAAGCUAGAUAGUACCAGCAUCCUUUCUAUCAAAGUUUUCUCAGACAAUGAGACACUUGUUAAAAAUGUAAGUAUCUCUGAUUACGAAGUGUUGGCUGAUCUUCAAAUUGAUUGUACAGAUGAAGUAAAUACUGGCGAGAUUGCAGUUAUCACAGCAAGCGUCACAUCUGGUACUAGUUUAUCAUUUAGUAUUAAUAUCACACUGCUAAGCAACAAUGAUGCUAUAAUAAUUUCAUCACAAAACAUCACAAAUAAAACCGCAUUGAUUUCUUUUUUGCCUUCACUGGAAGGUUGUUAUCUAAUAGAGAUAACUGUUACUUCCUUUUGUGGAGAGACCAUAACGCAAGCUAAACAUGUCUUUGCAAAACAAGCCUUGUGUCCUUCAACUUUGAUCCAAGACGAUCUGAACCAAACAAAUUUAAAGUCUACAUGUUUGAAAGACUGGAAAACAAGUCAUGCCUCAAUGACAGUAAUUAAUAUAGAUGUAUCCACUGAUACAAAGGGCAUGUACAUAUUUUUAGACAACAUGACUGAAGAAUUAAAGAAUUUCACUUCACACUGUUCACUUGCUGAAGAAAGUCAGGCUAUCUUGAUUGUUUUAUCAUGCUAUCAAAACAAUUACAGAAAAGAAUUGAAAUCAAUUCCAAAUGAAAAUAGCUUAUACAUAUUACAUAAUGUCAACCAGACAUCUGGAAACAUAAUUUAUAUUAAGAAUAACUACACAGUUGAUGUUUACAUGGAACUGUCAAAUGACUCAGGAUCUCAUAUUAUACUUAUUCCAUCUGGAGGUUUGGAUGCUAUUAAUUUUGGAAACAGUCUUGUUUAUAAUGCUCCAAUAGUGCUCAGAUUCUUGAUAAUUGCAAGUAAAACUACUCUGACCAAAAAUGUAAGCUUGAUUUAUAAAGAAAGUUUCUCUGGCCUGAAUGUUAACUUCAGUGAUGUUGCAAUCAUUGGUAAAGAAUACAAUAUUACAGCCACUGUGAUUUCUGGAAGUGAUGUUAUCAUUAAUUUCAAUGUUUUGUCACCAAUUGACAAUAAAUCUUUGGUGAUUAAGACUGAUGAAAGUAAUAACAAGACUGAACAGGCUUUAUUUAAGCCUAGAUAUGAAACUAACUACACUAUUCAAAUUCAUGUAACAACUCCUUGCUCAGAAAAUAUGACUAGGAUCAUUAUUAUAUCAGCUGUAUUUGAAGAGAUGUGCCCAAGAAAUGCAAAUAAUGAAACACCUUCAAAUAUAACUGACAUUUUAGAAGAUUCUCUUUUUCUCGGGCCUACCUGUGUCAAAGAUGGAAGUCAUAUUCCAGCACAGAUAAUAAAAAUAAAUAUAGACUUAACCACUGAUUCUAACAGUGGUUACAUCUAUUCUCAGAAUGUCAGUGCUGAUCUUUUUAGAAAUUGGACCUUCAAUGCUCGCUGUCAGUAUCCUGAAAUGUUUCCUAUGGUUGUUGUAUUUGAUCUAUCUUGUCAAGAACUAUUCCAAUCAAAGAAUCAAAAUGCAAAAUUUUUUAGGGAAUUUGAUGAAACCAUCUUCAUGCUGCAUAAUGUUCAAAACACUUGUGAAAGAUUGUUUUAUUUCCAGAAUGACUAUGUGUCUGAAAUCCACCUUCAACUGUCAGAAAGUGCAUUAUCUAAGAAUAUUAUCCUUGAUCCAACAAGUACUAUUUCUUUUCGCCUGGCUAGUCCAAAAAUUUAUGAUUUCACCAAUUUAACAUUUUCUUUUAAAACCAACAAAGAAAUUCAUUCUAUGAAUUUGAGGUUAAAGUAUGAAGCUUUGAAAGACCUUCAAAUACAAUAUAAACCAGUUAUCUUAGUCAAAGAAGUUCUACAUAUAACUGCUUCUGUAACUUCUGGAUGUAAUACAAAUUUUACUAUUCAGAUUGUAUCACCUAAUGUUAAUUACUCACUGGCCAAUUUGGAGAAAAAAGAAUCUACUAGCAAUUUAAAAUUAAACACAGAGUUCCAAGCAUUUGAAGAAUUGAACUUUACAUUUAAAAUUGAAGUAAUUUCAACUUGUGGUGAGACUUUAAUGGAUGAGUUUACAAUUUCAGCUGUUUACCCAGAACUCUGCUUUCCAAAUGAAACAUCAGCAAAAGUAAAAAAUACUAGCUAUAAAUCUAUGCCUUUAUGUGUAAUGGACAUGAGUGAAGCUAACAACUCCAUAACACAAAUAGAUAUAGAUUUAACGUCUUUGGAACCUGCAAGAUUCAAUGUCAUCAGCAAUUAUAGUUGGGAAAUGUUUAACAACUUAACUGCAUCAGCUGCCAACAGAAGUUCAGCGCUAAGAGAAACAUUUUUAUACCACAUCAUCUUGCUGUCAUGCCUAGACUCAGAAUUUGAUGGACUAGCUUCUAAUAAAACAAUAUACAUCCUACAGAAAAAAAACAAAAUUUCAGGACAUAAAUUUCUUGUUAUCAACAAUUAUUAUAAUGAUACUCUUGUCAAUGUUCUAAAUGGAACAAUAUUUGGACCUAAACAUUUUCUUCCAAAAUCAUUUAUGUCAGACCCAAUCACAGAUGAACUGAAUCUAACAUUUGAGCUCACAUAUCAUAGAAAAUUUUAUAACAAAAGUAUUACACUGAAAUAUCAUGAAGUGAUGUCAGAGCUGCAUAUAAAUCAUGAGCAAAGAGUAUUGGUUGGUGUACCUUGUAUUAUCACAGCAUCAGUGACAACAGGAGUCAUAGUAAAUUUUGAUUUUCAAAUUAAAUCUCCAAGGAAAUCUGCUCCCUUACUGAGCAAUGAAUACAAUAUAAUAAAUAAUGAGGAUAAAGUAGCAAGACUCAACUUUACUCCAGAUUUUGUGGGGAUCUACUCUGUUCUGGUGAUUACAACAUCAUUUUGUAAAGAAAUUUUAAAAGAAACAAUUAAGUUUGAUGCACAGCUCUGUUCUAACAUCACUUCUACUACAGCUGAAAAUAUAACAAAGGUUAUGGCUGAUUCACCAAACUCUCCAAGGUGUAUUACGUCUUGGGAUGACAAGAACAGCACUACUCAAGAGUUCUAUUUAGACCUUCAACUAACAGGAGUAAUAGGGUACAGAUCUAUAAAUACCUCGAGUUUACCAAGGCAAUUCUAUAAUCACUCUUCCAGUUGUAAAGAAAAUGAUGUUCCAGUUCAAUUCAACAUUAUACUGACUUGCUUCUCUACAACUGAAAAUUACUAUGAUAGCAAUGACAGUUUUUGGUUUAACUCAAGUAUUUAUAUUAUAAGAAGAUUAAACCAUCCUUGUGAAGAGGUGGCAGUUAUCUACAACAAUUACACAUUUGAUGUCAAAGUUCUAUACACAGUUCUAUCUGUUUGGAAAGAAAUUGUUAUUCCACCCAAAAAUAUUUCUUCAAUUAUAUUGGAUUCAUCAUUUUCUAGUGACAAUCUGAGUUUUAGCUUCAUCAUGCCAUAUGCUAAAAAACCCUAUGUUAAAAUUCUGAACUUGAUUCAUUUUGAUGUUUUAUAUGGUCUUAAUGUCUCUUAUGUCAGAGAUGUUCUUGUGGAUUCACUAUGGGAUCUAACUGCAACUAUCAUAUCAGGGCAAGAAGUUAAUUUCACUUUUAUUGUAUCUCAACCAGAGAGGAGCUUCAAUAAAGCCACAGAUAAUAACAACAUAACAAAGUACAUCACAGAUAAGGAAGCCCUAUUUUCUUUCAUUCCCAUGGAUGAGGGCAGAUAUUAUAUUACAGUUUUAGCUACAUCUAAGUGUGGAGAAGUUCUGAAUGAAACAGUUUCUUUUUUUGCUCAUUGUGGAAUACAGAACAGUAAUUUAGAUAAAGCUUUUGAAAUUACAAAGCAUAGAAAGAAUCCAAGAUUCUUUUAUCCCAAGGACAUUGUUGCAGUAGCCAUGAAAGCUACAGAUAAUCUUCUGACAAAAAAUAGACCAACUCAACCCAACUGUACAAUAAACUGGGGUGACAAGGAGGAGCUUCAUGAGGUGAAUGUUGAUUUAACUCCAAAUCAAUCUUCUGGUUACAUCUAUGUCAAAAGUCACAACUAUACUUUACCAGGACAAUAUACAGUUGUUGUUGAGUGUCAUAAUGUUAUGACUAGAGUUUCAGACAGAAUCAAAUUCACCAUAGUAUCUCCAGUAGAUCAAGCUGAUGUGUUUUUAGUCCAAAGUCUGGUACCUUUUAAUGCUAAAACUUCUCAUGGAAUAGGGAAUGUGAGGCUCAUUCAAAACUACAUCUACACAGACUAUCCUGAUUUGAUCAUCACUUUAGACUUUGGGACUUCCAACUCAAACUGGAAUGUUACAUUUGUAAAAGACACAUUUGAUUAUUACUAUAGCUAUUCUGAAAAGGGAGAGUAUGAUAUUAAAACUGUAAUAGAAGCAUUUGGGGUCAACAAAACAUAUAAUUUUCAUAUUCGUGUUGGAUAUUUCAUAAACUUUGUGCAAGAAAAGAAAAGAUGGCUUGUUAGAAUCAAAGAACCAUGCACAUUUACAUUAGUGAGAUAUUCAGCCAAUGGUACUUUGAAUGUCAAGUUUUUUAGGGAUGUUAAUGAAAUGGAAACACUUAAUAAGAUAUUUGAAAAUGGAGAGACUGUUAUGAAUGUUACAUUUAAUUACACUGAUGAAACAGUCAGAGAAGCCAAAGCACUGAUUGAAGUGGACUCUAUUACUGAAAUAGAAAGUUAUAAAUUUGAAACAUUUAUUCCUUGCAUUUCAACAUUAGAUUUUUUCGAUGCAACAUACAGAAAUAUGUUAACACCUCUAGAAGCCUGGCUAACUACUUUACCUACAAUUAGUGGUAGGGCUGAGAGGACACUUGAUUGCAAUAUAACUGACAUAUUUUAUAUGAAGUGGCAAGUUUGGAAAAUGGAAAAUAAUUCUUUUUCAUCCAAUAUCGCUAUUAAAAAAGAAGAGAAAAAAGAGACAAUUGUUAAAAAUUUCAAAUAUGUCAUUCAAUCAAAUGGAUUAUAUAAAAUUCAGCUCCAAAUAUCACUUGAUCGUAAAAGUGAAAAUGAAACAGAUUUUAUGUAUUUAAAAGUUACAUAUCCACCAAUAGCAGUUGAAAUAAAAUAUGGAGCAUUUAGACAAGCAAAGCUUGGAGAGAAUUUAACACUAGAUGCUCAGUCUGAGACAAAAGAACUUGCUGCUAGUAAGAAUUCAACAAAGAAGUUUACCUAUAGAUGGUCAUGUUAUUUGUUAAGUUCUAAACAAGAAAUACCCAAGUAUACACACAAAUUUAACACAGAUAUUAGUUUUGAGAAUUUAACCAACUGCAACAUCUCGCUAAACUCAAAUGCUGGAAAGAUUACUAUAUCAACAUUAAACUUCUCUUUAGAUGAUGUGGCACUUUUUUAUGUUGUUGCCAAAGUGGAGGAGAGGAAUGGUUCUGCUGGACAAGUUGUUGAAAUGACGAACAAAAAGCCUAUUGAUAUUGUUAUUGAUUGUAUCUGGAAUUGUUUGGAGAAAAUAGUCAAAGGUGAAAGAACAGUAUUUGAAGCCAAGAUAUCCAAUGCAGAUCAAAAUGAAAUGAAGUCAGCUAGAUAUGUUUGGUCAGUGUACAAAUAUGUCAAUGGUAUUAGAGAAGAAAAGGUGCAGAUCAACUCAACCAUUACAAGCUAUUUCUUUGAUAUUGAUGGUGAAUUGUGGGAAGAAGAUGUAACCUAUUCAAUUUUACUGCAAGUCAGUUUUGACAAUGCUACUACACUGGAAGCUAGGAAGGUUGUUGUUACAAACUGCAAACCAUAUGGAGGAACUUGUAGUGUUCAUCCUUCUGUAGGAUUAGCUGCCGAUACUACAUUUCUGUUUACAUUUCCUGGUUGGAAAGAUGAAGAGAUGAGAACACAAAACAGCUCCAUAGACACCAAUUUUGGGCUAUUGUAUGAAGUGUAUCAGAACACUACAGCAGGCUUUUAUUUAGUUUAUUCUGGAAAUGAAAUUUCAGCAUCAACAUUUUUGACAGAAGGCGCAAAAGGAAAUGAUGGAGAAUGUCUAGUGAUAAUAAAUAUAUUUGAUAUGUUCAGAGCCAAGGCAACCUGUACUUUAACAGUCAUGAUUCAGGCUAAUGCACUUUUAAAUCAGCAAAGUAAUGACAGCGAUAGUUUUUUUUCCUUUGUGGAUAAAAGAAUUCAAUCUGUUGAAAUGAUUGGUGAUCCAAUUAAAAUAACACAACGUGCAGCCUCCCUUUCAACUUAUAUAAGUAGUCGAUAUGUAAACUUUAAUGGCUCAACAUCAACCUCCUGGACUACCACCCCUGCACCCACAGGUUAUACAACCAAGCAAAGUGAUCUGAUCAAUACAUAUGUUGUCAAAGUUAGUCAAGUCAUCCAAAAUGAUACAGAUGAAAACCCAGGACUAAUUCAGAUCUUUGCAAACUCCUUGGCUAUUGUCACCAACAAUUCAGAUCAGUUAUCUACAAAAUCAAUGGAAACUGCCUCUAGUGCAGCAAAGACAUUGACUGAUUCUUUGACAAAAUUACCACCAGUUGAACUUUCUGCACUCAAUCCGUGUCUUGAAGAUGUCUAUCAAAUUGUCAGCAACAUAAUAACAGUACAGAACAUAGAAUCUAAAAACCUCUAUUCAUUGCUUGAAAAAACGUAUGAUAGCUAUAGUGAAGAAGAAAUCAAGCAGUUGGUUAAGAAUGCUGAAGAUGAACUAAAAAAGAAUAAGCAAGUAACACUUUCACAGUUUGCUAAUAUAGUGGAGAAUGUAACCAAUGCAUGGGAGAAUGUCUUUCGUGUUAUUAAAAAAAUGACCAACCCCAGUGGCCAUUAUGAGACCAAAAAAGAAAAAUACACAAUGACACUGCAAAAAAUAGCACCACAAAGAAGUAAUUUAACAGAUGUAUUUAACCUGACAGACCCUAAAUUAACCCUUGGUUUUACUUUCAAUGGCAUUAAUACUGUGGAAAAGGAACUACAAAUCAAGGUUGUGAAAACAGUUAAUAUCUACACACAUGGCUUGAAUGCUCAACAUAUUAAUACUGAUAUACUUAUUGGGUCUAUUGAACAAGAUAAUGGAAAUAAAAUUAAUAUAACAAACCCAACAAUUAGUUUUAAAUCUAAUAAGACUAAUUGCUCAUUUGCAAAAGAAUCAUUGUUUCAAAAUAAAUUUAAUGAAAAUGAUGCAUCUCAUUUGUUUUAUCACAAGUUCUUUUACAAUGCAACAUUUUUACAUUUCUGCAUCAAAAUACUUCCCACAAAUCCUUUUCUGGCAUACAAAUUGUUUUUCAAGAUGGAUGUGCAACCUACUGAUUUAGUUUAUGAUGUCAGCAAAACUGUAACCAGCGAGUCUUUUAGUUCAUGUGAAGGGGUUUGCUUUGAACCAGGACAAUUUAAAAAGUCAGGAACAAUAUAUAUUGGACUUCAACCAUUUCUAGAUUCCAAUGCAAUAGUGAGCCAAAAGUAUCUGAGAAGAAAACGGGAAGCUAUCAACAAUAAUUUAGAAGCUCCAUACUAUUUUGAAAUUGUUUCUGCUGCUUGCUUUUCAUGGGACCAUGCGCUAAAAGACUGGGAACCAAACAAAUGCAGGCUAUCAAAUUUAACCACAAAUGUUGUCUGUACAUGUGAUAGCGGAUCAGAAGUAGUCAGUGGCAUGUCUUUCAAUGUAUUCCCAAACACAAUACACUUUGCUACAGUCUUCAGUAAAUUUGACAUCAAAGGUCAAGGUCUUGUUCUUGGUGUACUGAUUAGUCUCUAUUUACUAUUUACUUGUAUUGCAUUAUGGGCACACUAUAUGGAUAGAAAGGCAAUGUUUCAGUGGGGAGUGUUUCCACUCUCAGACAACUAUGCCUAUGAUGACUACUUUUACUUGAUCACUGUCCACACUGGACUUAGGAAAUCAGCUGGAACUACUUCCAAUGUCAGCUUUGAUUUAUCAGGAGAACAUGGUGAUACAGGAAUACGGAGAUUGUCUGAUGGUGUUAAAAAAGGAUUCCCUACCGCAAGUGUAUAUCACUUUGUAAUGGCUUGUCCUACUUCACUUGGGGAGUUACAAUGUUUAAAAAUUUGGCAUGACAGCACUGGCAAAGGAAGUAACUCUACUUGGUACUUAAACAGGAUAGAUGUGGUAGAUCUACACACUGGAAAAAUCUUCUAUUUUAUCUGUGAUGAAUGGCUAGCUGCUGAAUAUGGCAUUGAGAAAACAAUCUUAGUCUCUGACAUUGAAGACUUGGAGAAACUAAAAAAUGUGUUUUUCACAAAUACAAAAGAACACAUCACUGAUGACCACAUGUGGCUUUCUCUCUUCAUUAGACCACAGAGGAGCAAUUUCAGUCGUGUUGAAAGAGCUUUGUGCUGUUUGGCAUUUCUGCUAUUGUCCAUGAUUACCAGUGCUAUGUUUUACAAAGACAUUCCUGGCAUCGACAGAAAACAAACAAAAGCAGAUUUGGAACUGGGGAUUAUUCGAGUCACUUAUGAUCAGCUCUUUCACUCACUAGUUUCAGCAGUUAUUACAGCUGUACCCAUGAUUUUCAUCAUGAUGGUAUUUAGAAAAGCAAGACCAAGAAAGAAAGCUGUAGGAUGUUUAUGUAUCAAUGAAGUAAAAGAAGCAGAUCUAAAAGAUGAAUAUGUGGAAAAAAAGAAUGAAAAAAGUUGGUUGCCUUGGAUGGCCAAGCUGGAGAGUCAGUUAGAGGCAUUGGAAAAACUUUUGCUUUUAAAACCAACAUCAGACAAUAUGCAAGGCACCUGGCCACAUUCAUUAAGAUACAUUGCUUGGGCAAUAUUGUUUUUAGCUAUCAUCAUCAGUAGCCUUUUUGUCCUGCUCUACAGUAUGGAAUGGGGCAAAGAUGUUACAGAAACUUGGAUGUCAACUUUUUUCCUAACGUUCCUACAGUCUUUAUUGAUAGUAGACCCUGUCAAGGUGGUAGUCAUUUCUGUCAUUGUCUCACUUUUGCUGCGCAAGGCAAAAAUAAAACAAGUUGAUCAAUUGGAUCUUGACUUCAUUGCCAAAGUCAACAAACAAUAUGGAGUGAAAGAAAGAUUUUCUCAGCUGGACAUAUCCUAUGCACCUCCUUUGUCUAAAUCUGAACUCAAAGCUGCUAAACUGCGACGCAAGAUUCAUAUCAUGAUAGAUAGACUGAUCAGGGAGUUUAUCAUUCAUUUUAUGUAUCUGCUUAUUGUAAGCAGUCUCUGUCAUGCAAAUCGCAGCUCUCAAGAUUAUAAUAUGUACAGGGCCAUUUUUCAGCAAGUAGUAAAUGGUUCUAAUUCUAGAUUUUUAGAAAUAAAUUCAUCUGCAUAUUUAUUUCAAUGGAUACCAAGAAAUCUUACACCAUGGCUUUUUCCAGUCACUAAAUUACCCAGUGCAGAUAAAAAUCAUUUUACUAAAGUGAAUGAUUUGUAUCGUCUAGGUACACCAAGAUUAAGGCAAAUACGUAUGAUGAAAGAGCAGUGUUCUUUACAGAGGAUCAAAGUGAAAGAUUGUGUGUAUGGGUAUACAUUGAGAGGAGAGGAAACUGGUGAUUUUUAUCCAGGAUGGACAAAAGAGUUUUCUCAAGAAGGGUCAGAGGAUGUCAGAAAGGCUUGGACUUAUACCUCAGCUCAAGACAUUUGGGGUCUACCAAUAGCUGGAGAGUAUGGACUGUAUGGUGGAGGAGGAUACAUAGCUCAAAUGUUCUUAAGGGAUCAUUCUUUACAGAUGCUAAAAGAUUUAAAAGACAAGAACUGGCUAGACAGACAGACAAGAGCUGUGUUUAUUGAGUUCACACUUUAUUGUCCUAAUACAAACCAUUUCGCCUUUGUAAUUCUUUUAGCUGAAUUUAUGGAAACUGGAGGCAUUCUUCCAUUUUUUAGUAUUUACCCCUUCACAGUUCACUAUCCUCCAGGAAUAUUAGGGACUUACCUUCAGCUUUGUCAACUUGUUGGUACUAUCUUCACAUUCAUUGGACUUCUCUAUGUUGUUUUUAUAUUUGGUACCAAGAAAUGGUUGGCAUUUAAAAAUUUUUGGUUCAUGUUGGAUGUGCUUGCUGUUUUAACUGGCAUAUCUACAGCUGCAAUGAUGUUCCUACGUCUUAAGUUCACUAACUCAGUUUUGAGAAAGAUAAAGGAAAGCAGAUCACAGUUUGUCAACAUGUACCAUGUUGUUGUCUGGGAUUCAGCCUACACUUUAUGUCUAGCCAUUUUGGUUGCAAUUGGUUGUAUCAGGUUAUUGAAGUUAGCAAGUUAUUCUGAGAAAACUAUGAAGGUGUUUGUGGUCCUGUCAAAGGCUAUGGCUCUGUUACCUAACUUUGCAUUAUUUCUUUUCCUUGUCCUGUUGAGUUUCAUAAUGUUUGGUUGGAUUACCUUUGGUACAACAAGUACCUACUUCAAGAAUUUUAUAUCCACAAGUGAAACAUUGUUCACUGGCAUCUUGGGACGCUCAAGUUUUAAGGAUACCAACUCUCCAAUAUCAGAUCAUUGGAUUAAUAUUCUGUUCUUCUGUAUGUUUGUUGGAGUUGUGGUGAUAUUUCUCAUCAACUUCUUUCUGGCUGUACUCAUGGAUUUGUUGAGAAAUUAUGACCAAAAAGUAUUUGAAGGAGAAAACACAAAAGUUUUUAUUGUACUCUGGGAUAUGUUUAUGAGAAUGUUGGGAAGUAAAAGAAAUCCAUUGGACAGACUGAAGGGCAAUGACAAUGAUAAUGAUCACUUUGGUUUGGAAGUAGAUGAAGAAGAUUAUCUUCCUUGCGAAAAAGCAAUAUUACAUAUGGAAGAAAGAUUUUUAAAAUUGUGUCAACCUGAUGAUAAGAAACUAAUGCAAUUAAUGAUGUUUGGAAAACAAUCAUAAAACUGUAUCAACUUUUUAGAUGAGCAUAUGUUUCCAAAAUGAGUACAACUUUUCCCAAACCAAUUUUGUGUUAAUUUUUUUAUUGUGGAAAUUAUUACUUUUUUUUUUUUAAUUUCUCUGUUGAGUCUGAAGAUUGAUGAGGAAUGCAGUACUUAUAGCUAUGCAGCCCCAGCUGGGACCUACAUAUUUUGCCACAUCCAGCGCAGGCAUAACCAUUGUCCACCAGUGGUAGAUUUAGAUUUUUAUUUGAUCUCAUCCUGAUGAUAUAAUAUAAUAAAAUAAAAUAAUACAAUUUUUGUAAACAUACUCCAAACACAAUGAAGAUCCUAUUUUACUAGAUAACUAGAUAAUAUAAAUAUAUUAAAUUCAUAGUUGAACUUUUUUUUUUUAUGUUCCCAUAAUUAGAUCAAUAUUCUAAUUUAGGGUCACUUACUUAAACUUAGGUCCUGUUUGGCACAUAGGGCAGCAAGCUUUCUCCACAGAGAUUGGUCACAUGUUUCAUUUAAUUUUAAGUAAAUUCAUUGAAUCCUAUGCCUUUAUUUUUUUUUCUGUUGUUCUAUUCAAUGUUUUUGACAUUUUAAGUUUGGUUUAAUGUUUGUUUGUUGUAAAAUGUUUUACAUGUUUCGGAUGUUCCUUCAGAGUUGAAGAUAGUUUACUUCCUAGUCCAAACCUCCCGCAGGACGAUGGUGGAUGGGAGCGGGCAGGGUUUGAACCCCCGACCGUCGAUGAAUCUGAACGACAGUCCAGCGCGCAAACCGCACGACCAGGCAGCCACCCUAAAUAAUUGUAAUAAUGUGAAAAGUAUUACUACUUUAUUUCAUUCAUUAUGUUUCCACAUGUUAAUUUUUAAUGAAACAUUUUUAGCUCUAUAUAUUUAUAAAAUACUUUAUUAGGAUUUUAUUUAUCUUAGAAAACUAGAAUGAGAAAAACAGUUGAAUAUAGUUUGAAAAAGCUAUAAGCAUAUCAUGUUGGAUACAGAUAUACAUUUCUCAAAAUAAAAAUUAUAAUUGGCCUUUAAAUUUAAAAAUAAAUUUUAGCUAUGGAUACAGAAAUACAUUUCUCAAAAUAUAAAUUAUAAUUGGCCUUCAAAUUAAAAAAAUUUAUAUAGCGCUACUUUCAUGCUUAUAGCAUGAUCCAAUCUCAUUUGUGGAAGAGUGGGGGGGGAGGGGGUAUUAGGGAGAAGGUUUUUCGUGCUGCCUUUGGGCGCUCAGUAAACACAACUCUGCUCAAGUCCAGUGUCAAACCUUCAUAGGUAGCUAAGUUCAAGCAUACUUAGCCUCUCGACCUUGCUUUCCACUUUCAAAUACAAUGCAAAAGUUAGUUCCACAAAAUAUGUAUUUACAUAUAAGCAUAUGAAUCAUUUUAUGUUUAAGUAAGCAUUUCGUAGUUCAAGUGCUGAUAUAAUAUUAAUUUUUUUUAUGUUAAUGUUUUUUAUGCUAAUUUACAGCUGAGAUUAAGAAAUAAAAAAAAAUAGUCUACCAUUAA